GCCGUUGCGCGGCUAGCCUGUAGCCUCGCUUCAAGCCAACAGCACCACCCCGCUCCGCUCCCUCGAAUUAUUUUUCUUCACUCUUCUCUCUUGCUCGCUCUCUAAUCUCUCUCCUCUCCACGGCAACGAGCCGGAGAAUUCAAACGCUACAAGUAGAGAGAGAAAGACAGGAACUCCGUGCACCACCUCAACCGAAAUCGGAGCCCCGUUCACCACCUCUACCGAAAUCGGAGCGAACGCGCACCGGCGGCGAGGCCUGCGGCACUCGGACUCCCCGUCGGCCUCCUUGUCGCGCUCGCCUGGGCGGUUGCUCGGCCGGAUUGCCCUCCCCAUCCCGACCGCGCUGGUGUGUGGCUUCUCCGCUUCAUCCUCCUCUCCCCUCUUCUAGAAAUCGAAUCCCCCGUUUCCUCGCGAGGCGGUUGACUCCACGACCUGCCGCCUUCCUCCCCCAGCGAGGCGGAGCUGUUGCGUCCGGCGGAGUCGGCCCUAGCAUCCGCGGGCUGAUCUGCUCCUGUGGUUGACACGGCAGGGUAGCGCCAGCACAGGCGGAGAAGUGUCCGCCGGUUUUCUCAGUGGCGGGAGUGCGACGCAGAUUAGGAAAUUGGUUUGGUUCGUUUUGGGUGGAUUUGUUCUAGAAAGGAAGGUAGUUUAUCUCGGCUGGUCGCUUGAGGGAUUUCCUAUUUUUGGUAACACUAGUUCUUUGAUCAGGUUUUCCAUACUCAAACCCACUUACCACAGAUCGACGCAUCUCCCGGAAUUUCGGUGUGGACUAGUUUUUCCCCUUUUGUGAAUGGUUGGGUCAUGAUCUGGAAUUUGAAUGUAGAGUUUCUUUUGGGGGGAUUGCAAGAUUUUGGAAUCAACAAUUUCUCGUGUAAAUUAGCGGAAUCAAAAUGCUGCUUGGAACCAGCAAUUUCGACUGGGAAAAUUGCUUUGUUCGCUGCAUGUAUACUGUUGCAAGGAUUUACCGGAAAUCAGAGCUGCAUUUCCUUUCCUAUAGUACUGCUUUUCCAUACUGUAACACUUGAAAUUUCGACUGUUUGGUGCCUAUAGAUCCCCGUGCAAUUGUGAUUUAUUUCUCCUGGUACAAAAUAAACAUUUAUUUAUUUAGAUAGAACUGCUUAAGGCACAUAGCUGGUACAAUAUACACAUUUAUUUAUUCAGAAAAUAUCUGUACUAGUUUGUCUGCAUUUGUGUUUAUGAUUGAUGAUGAAAUUUGUUUUACAUUCAUAUGAUUGUAUAAUAAAUUAUACUUGACCAAUGUUGCAUUUUGGAAGAUCCAGUGUCAAUUUCCCACAAGAGUUUUGUGAGAAGGCCUCCUGUUCCUUGUUCAAUCCCAGGAAUUUGUGGUUUAGAUUUAUACAGUGAGAAUAUAAAAGAUGGGUGCGUCAAGACCACCAAGCACCCCUGCAUCAAAGGACGAGCGCACACCAAUGUCGACUCCUGGUGGCAGUUCCAGGGCCAAGGAGGAGAAGAUCUUUGUUACAGUGAGGGUGCGACCAUUAAGCAAGAAAGAGCUGGCUUUGAAGGAUGAAGUAGCAUGGGAGUGUGCUGAUAGCCAGACAAUCUUGUACAAGGGCCCCCCUCAGGACCGGGCUGCACCCACCUCUUUCACUUUUGAUAAGGUUUUUGGGCCAGCUUGCCAAACAGAUGUGGUCUAUGAGGAGGGAGCUAAGGACGUUGCAAUGUCUGCAUUGACAGGCGUUAAUGCCACCAUCUUUGCAUAUGGGCAAACAAGCAGCGGUAAAACAUUCACGAUGAGAGGUGUUACGGAGAGUGCUGUUAAUGAUAUUUAUAGGCACAUAGAUAAUACUCCUGAGAGGGAAUUUGUUGUCAAAAUAUCUGCUAUGGAAAUUUAUAAUGAGAUUGUGAAGGAUCUUCUACGACCUGACUCUGCCCCCCUCCGGUUGUUAGAUGAUCCUGAGAAAGGAACCAUUGUGGAGAAGUUGCAAGAAGAAAUUGCUAAGGAUAGCCAACAUCUGAGGCAUCUAAUCAGCAUCUGUGAAGAACAAAGACAAGUUGGGGAGACAGCACUAAAUGACACUAGCUCACGUUCCCACCAAAUCAUUAGGCUGACACUCGAAAGCAGGUUCCGUGAAGUUUCAGGAUGUGUUAAAUCAUUUGUUGCUAACCUGAAUUUUGUUGACCUUGCCGGAAGUGAACGAGCUGCACAAACACAUGCCAUAGGUGCAAGGUUGAAAGAAGGUUGCCAUAUAAAUCGCAGCUUGUUGACUUUGACUACUGUCAUCAGAAAGCUAAGCUCAGAGAAACGAAGUGGACACAUACCCUACAGGGAUUCAAAGCUGACACGUAUUUUACAGCUUUCUUUGGGUGGAAAUGCAAGAACAGCAAUCAUUUGUACUAUGAGCCCAGCCCUGACACAUGUAGAACAAUCUAGAAAUACUCUAUUCUUUGCAACCUGUGCAAAAGAGGUCACAAAUACUGCAAAAGUAAAUAUGGUUGUAUCAGAUAAGCAAUUGGUGAAGCACCUUCAGACAGAGGUUGCUAGACUAGAAGCAGAGCUGAGGACCCCUGACCGCGCCUCCUCUUCUGAUAUCCUCAUAAUGGAAAAGGACAGGAAGAUUAGGCAGAUGGAAAUUGAAAUAGAGGAACUCAGGAAACAGCGAGAUGAUGCACAAUCAGAGCUCGAAGAACUGCGGAAGAAUGGUGAUCACCAGCCCGGGUGGAAUCCUUUCGACUCGCCACAAAGAGCCCGGAAGUGCCUCACAUUUUCAGGAUCACUAGAGCCAAGUAAUAAAAUUAAGAUGAGGAGCUCAAUUAGGCAAUCAUCUACUGCUCCAUUCGUGUUAAAGCAUGAAAUCCGCAAGCUGGAGCAGCUACAGCAACAGCUUGAAGUUGAAGCGAACCGUGCCAUUGAAGUACUUCACAAAGAAGUUCAAUGCCACAAGCAUGGUAACCAGGAUGCUGCAGAAACUAUUGCUAAACUUCAGGCAGAAAUCAGGGAGAUGCAAGCUGUUAGGUCUGAGAACAGAGACGUGGAAAUGAUUUCAGAUGUAGGAAAUGGAUCUGAUUUAAAAGAUGAGAUUUCUAGACUUCAUAUGCAAGACAAUGAUAUUGCCAAACUUGAGGCAAAGUUAGAAAAUGUGCAGCGGUCUAUUGACAGAUUGGUGAUGUCACUUCCAAAUGUUGCCGUGCCAUGUAAUGAGACUACCCCAAAGUCCAACAGAUCAAAGAAGAAAAAGAGGAUGCUUCUUCCACUGGGUGUGAGCAACAACAUAAACAGAGCAAAUCUUCUAAGAGCACCUUGCUCUCCCCACUCUUCUAGUAGGCCUUCAGAAUCAGAAGUUGAGAACAGGGCCCCAGAGGGUGACAUGGUGUCUGUUGAAGGUUCAGAAAAGGCUACACCCACAAAGUGUGAGGAUGGAGACAUAUCAUCACGUGAUGAAACACCUCGCUUUAGGCGAUCCAGCUCAGUGAAUAUGAAAAAGAUGCAGCGGAUGUUUCAAAAUGCUGCAGAGGAAAAUGUGAGGAGCAUCAGAGCUUACGUGACUGAACUGAAGGAGCGGGUUGCAAAACUUCAGUACCAAAAGCAGCUGCUAGUCUGCCAGGUCUUGGAGUUGGAAUCUAAUGAAGGAAAGCAGAAUGAUGACUUGGAAGUGGAUAAUUCUGGUCCUCUACAGGACGGUCCUGAUUCAUGGGAUAGAUUAUUCAAGGAGCAGAUGCAGCACAUUAUUCAAUUAUGGGAUCUCUGCCAUGUAUCUAUCAUUCAUAGGACGCAGUUCUACCUGUUAUUCAGGGGAGAUAGGGCUGAUCAGAUAUACAUUGAAGUUGAAGUAAGAAGACUAACAUGGUUGCAACAACACUUUACUGAGGCCGGUGAUGCAAGCCCUGCAGCUGGUGAUGACCCUGCAGUUUCGCUUGUCUCCAGUAUCAAGGCAUUGAGGAAUGAGCGGGAAUUUCUUGCAAGAAGGAUGGGAUCAAGGCUAACGGAUGAAGAGCGGGAGUGCCUCUUCAUUAAAUGGCAAGUCCCCCUCGACGCAAAGCAGAGGAAGCUGCAGCUUGUGAACAAGCUCUGGACUGACCCCAACGAUCAGGUGCACAUCGAGGAGAGCGCAGACCUUGUGGCCCGGCUGGUUGGGUUCUGCGAGGGUGGCAACAUCAGCAAAGAGAUGUUUGAGCUCAACUUUGCAGUCCCCACAAGUAGGAAGCCUUGGCUGGUGGGCUGGCAACCCAUUUCAAACAUGAUCAGGGAAAAAACUCAACUUUGGUAAGCAGAUGGAAGCAUAUGGCCCCUUUAAAAUAAGGAACAAAAAGAUCAUGCAUUUAGUGAUGAUCAGUUGAUUCUGGACUUGUUGAUCAAGGGAGGAAGUGUCUGAACUUCCGUGUGGUCAAGGACAGAAGAUCUCAUACCCUUCCUGUUGAUGCAUGUAGUGGUGCCUCUUUCUUCUGAAUGUUCGUGUGGUGAAUUCAUGUAGCGGUGCAUCUUUCUUCUUAAUGUUCUCGCAUUCUUUAGUGUAGAACAAUGUCAAGAGAAGAUACAUAUUUCAUUCCAACGGCAAGUUUUGUUUGUUCCUUUGUUUUAUAAUCUGGAUUAUCUUGAUCUGACAUGCCCA